CAUCAUUAAAUUACAUUUAACAAACAGUAGUUUUUCGAUGCGCUUUGUAAACAUCAAAGCAUGUCGAAUCAGUAAUUAAGUAUGUUUCCAAUUUAAAAAUCAAUUUCCUAAGUCCGAUAAAGACAAUUUCAAUCCUCGUUUAGCCGUGUGGGCGGUGGAAAAUGGUUGUGCUUCAUUUUAUAAUAACUGCAUUUAUUUUUGGACCUAUCGUCUCUUCUCUCAGUCCAAAAGAGUUGCCAUUUCUAAAGACCCAGAUUAACGACGAGAAGCAUGCCACGGCUUUCAACAAGCUGCUCAAUUCCAUCGUCAAGACCAACCGGAAACGGCUGGACACUAUCAACAAGUUGACCAAACUGCAGGCCAUGGAUAUAUACCCUUCGUUACAAGACACACUACGUACCUCGUCGCGUAGGGACAGCGACGAGUCAAGCAGCGAGAGCGAUGAGAAGAAUAACAUCAUCUAUCUAGUUAUACCAGACACAUAUUCAAUGUCCAACGCGUCACAAGACCAUCGUUCAAUCCAACCCGCACCAACCACUGAACAACCCAAACAAACUAAACCACCAGCGAGAUCACAGUCACUACCACAAAACAUACCCACACUUCACGAUUACUCCAAACUUAAGAGCUCAAACCCUAGUCCACCUCCUAUACAAAAUACAUUAUCUUCUAUACAGAGUAUAAGCAGAGACGGCUUAGAUGCACUACGGGUAAGUAUAGAAAGAUCAUGUAAAAGUAGAGAGGUAAAGAAAUGCAGGAACGCGUGUAAAGCGGCGGUGAAAAGCGCAUGUUCAGAGUAUGAGUGUAAAAAGAAGUUGAAGAAGAGAUUAAAGAAGACUUGUAAGAGGGAGUGUAAAGACGAGUUCAGGAUUGGAUGGUAAACUAUCAGAUACGUAAAGUAAACGUAAGUAGAUGUUAUCUCGUUGGAAUAAGAGUAACGAAUGGGCAGUUACUUGACUGUGUCGAAAAUGGUACAAGCAGUUCAAAAGUGGCACCUAAAAGUUAAAAGAAAUAACUUCUGACGCGUUUUUACUUUAACUCAGAUAAUCCUGAAGUAACAUAUAUUAAAAUAUAUAGUAGGUGCCUAUUGCUAUAAAUGUAAUUUUGUUUGUUAGAAAAAAUAUUUUUUUCAGAGAAUUUUAUUAGGUAAAUAAUAAUAAAAAAGA